AUGGCUCGAACGUUAUUUCUGCUUUUGUUGGCGACCCUGUUCAACAGUUCCACCCAACAAGCUAGCAGAAUCCGGUUGGUUGGAGGGUCAAGACCGAACGAAGGACGCGUGGAGGUUCGGCCGGUGGACAGUUACAACUGGGGGACAAUUUGUAGCCAUUAUAGCUCCCCAUUCGGCACCUAUGAAGGCAAGGUCGUUUGCAGGAUGCUGGGGUAUCCAGGCGCGGCCGCAGUGCGUCUGUCGGCAUAUUAUUACGGACUAGGUUCUGGGAAUAUCUACAUGGAUGACACCGUCUGCACCGGUACGGAGAGCAGCCUGUUUGACUGUAGUUCCAGCGGCUGGGGAAUUCACAGCAGCUCCUGUACUCACACCUAUGACGUCGGUGUCCUCUGUUUCCCUUCAAGCAAUCUUGGUAAGGGUUGUCGGUCAGUCCGUUUUGAAGGGUCGUUCUCUGCUCAGCACCAUCGGAUGACAGUCUUCACCAUGACCGGGGAGUUCCACGGUAAUCGGCCGGUGUAUAAAGCUGGCAGUGACUAUCUUUUCUACUACCCGUCGGAUGGAAGCUGGCACGUUGGUCCUUAUUUGGGAUCUGCUGAAGUGGGGAUGUACGUGGACGAUAGGAGCGUUUACCCUGAAGACAUCUCUGGGACCUGGUAUCUGUUAGAUACAGAUGGCAAACGUUUUGUGGCAAACAGAUAUGUGGCAGUUUUUUGCGCCAGUUCCGAGGGGCUGACCACAUUUAGGAUCGCACUCGGAGCCUUUGCCGCUGGUCUGGUUAUCAUGCUGAUCAUUGGCAUCUGCAGCUGCAAAGUCUGUUGUAAGAAAAAAGGAUCUGUCGCAGAUUCGGAACACAACACUCCGCCUGAGGGUAACAGUAAUACCGUUGAACCUCCUCCACCGGCUACCCCUCCACCGGCUACCCCUCCACCAGCCACCCCUCCACCGUCCACCCCUCCACCGGCGUAUUCACCCCCAUCUUUACCGGAACCAGAUGGAUCGCUGUUUGUCCGCGUGGUGCGCCUUACGUGA